CGAAAUCAUUAGACCUGAUGUCAGCUGGAUAGACGUGGGAUUUUUUUAGGGAAGCUAAACAGGGAAAGAAACGUGGACGUGAUUGCAGUUCGGGAUCGUGUAGGCGCGGAAGGGGGGGAAAAGACCUUCUUUGAGGACCACCAUGGACAUGAUGGGCGACAAAGAGCGGCGACGCGUCAGCUGCAAAGGCUUGCUGAAGAAAAAUUGGCUGCUGAUCGCCACGGUGGUGUCAGUGCUUCUCGGGAUCAGCCUGGGUGUCGCAGUCCGAGAGUACGCCUCCCUUUCCCACCUGCACAAGCAGUAUUUCGGCUUCCCGGGAGAAAUUUUGAUGCGAAUGCUAAAGCUGGUCAUCCUCCCGUUGAUCAUUUCCAGCAUGAUAACAGGUGUGGCCGCCCUGGAUUCGGAGGUGUCGGGAAAGAUCGGACUGAGAGCCGUCAUCUAUUACUUCUCCACGACUAUUAUCGCAGUCAUUCUGGGUAUCAUUCUGGUGAUGACUAUAAAGCCCGGAGUCUCUCAAACGGCGCAGCACAUCGACCGCGCCGGAACCACGCCCAACGUCACCACCAUUGACACGUUGCUGGACCUUAUCAGAAACAUGUUCCCGGAAAACUUGGUGCAAGCUUGCUUUCAACAGUACAAAACCAAACGCAAAGAGUUGGAACCGCCGCAGAAGAUUCCGCUAGCCUACACGGAUAUUCCACCUUUGGCCACCACCGUCAUGGCCGCCGUAGAGAACAUAACCAAAGACUACAAAAUCAGCGGGUCGUAUUCGGACGGAAUCAACGUUUUGGGACUGAUCGUAUUCUGCGUGGCGUUCGGACUGGUGAUCGGGAAAAUGGGGGAGAAGGGGCGCAUCCUUCUGGAGUUUUUCGACGCCCUCAAUGACGCCACCAUGAAACUGGUGCACAUAAUCAUGUGCUACAUGCCGAUCGGGAUUCUCUUCCUAAUUGCCGCCAAGAUCAUCGAGGUGGAAGACUGGGAGAUCUUCCGCAAGAUGGGUCUUUAUAUGGUGACGGUGCUUAGCGGUCUGGCCAUCCACGCCUUGGUGUGUCUUCCGCUCAUCUUCUUCGUCAUUGUGAGGAAGAACCCCUACACCUUCACGCUAGGGAUGGCGCAGGCCCUGGUGACGGCGCUCAUGAUCUCCUCCAGUUCCGCCACCCUGCCCGUCACCUUCCGCUGCGCCGAGGAAAACAACCACGUGGACAAGCGCAUAACCCGCUUUGUCCUGCCCGUCGGAGCCACCAUCAACAUGGACGGCACGGCGCUCUAUGAGGCCGUAGCCGCCAUAUUUAUCGCGCAGCUGAACGAUUACGCGCUGGAUGUGGGGCAGAUUGUGACCAUCAGUAUUACAGCAACCGUUGCGAGUAUCGGCGCUGCGGGCGUCCCGAACGCCGGCCUGGUCACCAUGGUCAUCGUCUUGACAGCCGUCGGACUCCCCGCCAGCGACGUCACGCUUAUCGUCGCUGUGGAUUGGCUGCUAGACCGUUUCCGCACCAUGAUCAACGUCCUGGGCGACGCUUACGGCGCCGGCAUCGUCCAGAAGCUGUCCAAGCGCGAACUGGAAAGGAUGGACCUGAUUUCGGACGUGGACGUGGCCAACCCCUUCGCCCUGGAGGCGGCGCUGGACGGCGGCGAGGAGUGCGACAAGAAAUCCUACGUCAACGGGGGCUUCGCCGUGGACAAGACGGACGCCAUCUCCUUCACCGAAACGUCACAGUUCUAGACGAAGAAAGUGCCAUACUGUAUACCCCAAAAGGGACGAACCCGUCCCGUCGAUCAGCAUCAGCAGUAGCAGUUUGCGUUCAUCACUGACAUUUACCACUGAUUUCAAGUGCUUCCUUUUUACACUGAAAUGAUACAUUUAUACUCCUGAAAAGGAUACCAGGCCAGUUAAUCAAGCGGCGACAUUCCACAAUGCAGCUUUUUUCGCUUCCGAGUAGAAAACGCACGGCUCUCGUUAAAUAUUUGUACAGAAUGUUGCAACUGUGCCAAGCCUACGAUGGGGCGAGUUGACUCGAAGGCUCCCAUGGUGAAACACUGUGAAAUUCGGCCGCGUCAGAAGCCAAACGACCUGUUCUCGUGAGAAUUUAGGCGAAAAGGUCGCGGGACCAGUCGGAAAUGUUAGCAUCGGCCAUCAAAAUGUCGCAAAAAAUUGGCGUAAAAGUGGAACUCCACAGACUUCACUAUCAGUUGACGAGACAGCGCCUACAGAGAUUGCGCAACGGCUUCCCGUAGUGGGCGGGGCCAGGCAGAGCGUUGUGGCAACGCGCACUCUGUGUUCUAACACCGGAUUUAGGUGGAAACAGGACCAUAGUUUUAGCAAGAGUGUCUAAAGAGUGAUUUGGUCGAGGAUUCAAGGUAGUUAUUACAUAAAAUAGCACCAUGCAUGCACUUUGAAAUGUGAAAAAAAUGAAAUGGAAAAUUAGCGGAACUUUAGCUUGAAAUAUUUACGUGAAUUGAAUGAUAACUGCCCGUUUUUUUUGCUUUUAACCAAGAAUUUAGACUGUUUUAUAUUCAUUUUGAAGGAAUCUGACCUUUUAGCCAGAUUGCCGGAACCGUUCUAGCGCAAUUCCAACAAAACCCCGACAACCCGGCCAAAAGGCCAAACUGUGCGCGUUCGCCUUAGUUUUAACCCCUUGUACUGAAUUUUAAAAGGUGUUGACAAUUCAAAUCUGCAGCAAUCAAACAUCAAGAGCAAGGGCGUAGGUUUGCAUAGGGACAGUAGAGACAUAACAAUUUGAUAAAUGCCAGUUUUUGUUUUUUUUUUUUGCUUUCAACCAAGAAUUUAGACUGUUUUAUGUUCAUAUUGAAGGAAUAUGACCUUUUAGCCAGAUUGCCAGAACCGCUCUAGCGCAAUUCCAACGACCGGGGCCGGCAGAAUGACGACAACCCGGCCAAAAGGCCAAACUGUGCGCGUUCACCUUAGUUUUAACCCCUUGUACUGACUCCAUUUUAAAAGCUGUUGACAAUUUAUUCCAAAUUGGCAGCAAUCAUACAGCACAGAGCAAGGGUGUAGGUUUGCAUAGGGACGGUAGAAACAUAACAAUGUCAACAAUUGUCCCCAGCAACUUUUAAGCCACCUUAUUUGCAUAAUACAAUGAGUUGUUAUAUGGGUAAUUUUGAUCGUCUUCUCAUAUGUUGUAAGGGUAAAAUAGACCCUACCACUUUAAUUAUGUUCAAACUUAUUUAUCCCUUUUCACUUGCUGAAUGUGCUGAAACCUUUUUUUCACCCUCAAACCCACGUUUGAUUGGCUGAUUACUUGCCCCCGCCCCCACCUCCUGCUACACAGACACACACACAUACACACACACAACCUCGCCGACAGAAAUACAGUAUGAAGUUUUUUUCGGCCAGCACAAGCAACUGUAAGUAAUGUAAAAAGACGUCAAUGUUGUGGAGGUGGGGGAAACACCACUAAUUUUCUACUAAAAGUCCGCCCAACAUCAGAGUUAGCAUAGCAUUAAUCUGUGUGAACUUGAUAACCUGCAAAACUACUGCGAUAGGCCAGCCUCCAACAACGAAGUUAAGCUAGCCGACGCGGUGGCUUCAGAGUGCAAGUCCCAAGAAUGAGGGACACCGACAUGAAUCUGGAUGCCUCAGAUGUAGAUCGGUCCUAGGAUAGCUCAGAUUUAUUCAUGAUUUUUUUUCCUAAAUCACUUUUGGUCUUAUUAGGGUCCCAUCCUCGGCAAAAAGUGUACAUUCGGGUUAUGCUGUUAUAUCGUCCCUACCAAUCCUGAGACCAAAUACGUCCUUGGCUCAGAGAGACCCAGGCGAGGAGGCAAACUGGAUCCAGGGUCACCAUAUCAAAAGUCAACAUAAGAUUCCCAAGAAAAAAUAUUGAAUUAAACAUUCGGUCUUAAAAAGGCUGUGGUGAGGUGGGCUGUGGUCUGGAGGAAGGCUGUGUUUGGGCGUUGUUUAGGAUUACUGUCUGUUGCGGGUUGGACAGGAGAACUUCGGCGUUACAGUUGUCAGGGUGACUUAAGGAUUUUGCCAUCCUCAGCGCCACGUGAGUGCUGAGUAUUCACUUCUCAGUCACGGGUUCCUCCGUAUCCAAUUUUCCUUGUGGCAAGCCAGGAUGUCCCGCCAUUUUUGCCACAUGGCAAAAAAAUGCCACAUGGCAAAAUCAAUUUUGCCACAGGGAAAAAAAUGCCACAAAACAAAAUCAAUUUUGCCACAGGGAGAAAAAAAAUGCCACAUAGAAAAAUCCAUUUUGCCACAGGGCAAAAAAAAAAAAAAGCCACAUAAAGAAAUCCAUUUUGCCACAGGGCCAAAAAAAAAAAAAAAAAAAAAAAAAAAAUGCCACACAGCAAAAUCAAUUUUGCCACAUGGGAAAAAAAUGCCACAUAGCAAAAUCAAUUUUGCCACAGGGCAAAAAAAAUGCCACAUAGAAAAAUCCAUUUUGCCACAGGGAAAAAAAAAUGCCACAUAACAAAA